UUGCAGGAGCAGUUCGUGUCCAAAUAUCCGAUGUACGAUGGCCGAGGUAUAGUGAUUGCAGUUCUGGACACGGGUAUCGAUCCAGCACUCCCGGGAAUGCAGGUGACCAGUGAUGGGAAGCGUAAGCUGUUGGAUGUUAUUGAUUGUACGGGUGCUGGGGAUGUUGAUACGUCGACCAUUCGGACAGUUGAAAAUGGAUGUAUUAUGGGACUAACCGGAAGGAAACUCAAGAUCCCCGAAUCAUGGACAAAUCCGAGUGGAAAGUAUCAUGUUGGAAUGAAACCGAUCUACGAGUUAUAUCCGAAGAAUUUGCUUGAUCGAAUCAAAGUAACGCAUGCUUAA